AUGGCGGUCUCUCAUUUUGUCCGUCGCGGCGUAGAGGCCAUCUCCACCCUGAAGGAGGCCGGGGGCGAUGUGCCCACGAUCGAGCUCGAGAUGGGGCCUGCUUGGCUAGUUGCGCUACUGUUCAUCACCGUCCUUGCGCUUGUGUUUGCGCUGUUCGCUAUCGAAUACACCUAUGGAUUGCUCGUUCCCGCCCUCGCUGCCGUGGAAGACUCGAACCCUGAAUUCUAUGUCCGCGUCGAAGCCGACCCUGCCAACAAGCAACCCGGUGAUCCCGCCGGCCAAGAAAUGGAGGUUGAGACCGCUCCUCUCAGGCCCAUCACCAGCAAGUUGCGCACCACUGUCCGCCAUCUUCGCGCUCGCGCUGGUCGUUUGUCCCGUUUCCGCGGCUUCAGCAUGUUCAUCACAUACAACAUCGCUGAAAGCGUCCUCUCCUCUCUUAUCCCUUUCUCCUCUGAGUCGGUUGUGGGUAAAUUCGUCGUGAAGAUGAUUACCGCAGUUCUCCUCGCCAACCUCCAGGUUGCCUGGGUGCAUAUCGUCAUCUCCGAGCCUUCCCCCAAGCGUUUCUACAAGCGCAUUCCCAGCAUUCGCAACAUGCGCAAGAUUGUUCCUGCUGCUGCUUUCGAGCAUCUCCUGACCUAUGGCGCAUACUAUGCCACUCUGUUCGUUAUCAAGCAAGUUCACGGUUUGAAGGAGAUUAACUUCAUCAACGACGGACAGGAGCACUCUCCCGAUGGCUACCGUGCUGCAGCCAACAUUCUUGCUAUUGCUGGCUUCGUGAGCUGGCUUGCCUCCAUCCCAGCUCGUGUCAUUUUCAUCCGUGUCGCUGCGUCUAUGCUCCCUGAGGAGGAUGAGGCCAUUGUUCCCUUCGACCGCAGCUUCGGCGGAAAGCUUCUUCCCGACAUUGUCGGCGGUGGUGUUCUGUCCAUCAAGGAUGCUUGGAAGACAUUCGACCGCGAUGGCUUUAAGCGCUACACUAUGGCCAUCUGCAAGGCCAUGGCUCUUCAGGUUGCCGUCACUAUUCUCUUCUCUUUCAUCAUCGUCGCUGAGGUCAUGGGUGGCGCGAUUGCUCCCAAGACCGGAGACAAGAACUAA